CCCUAGUACUUGCUUCUCUCCGACAACCUUAGCUAUGCCACGCUGUGAUCCAAAGGAUCAGGAUUGCGAUCCAACACGAAACGGAUCACAACCACAAGUUCAAGAGGAUGAUAAACAUCAUCCCAACCGCAAGCCCACGGUGAAAUGUCAUCCCAACCCACUCGAAAACCGAUUGGCAAUGAAAAGAGAGCAGAUGAGUUUCGGAGUGGGGCUUUACACGUAUACUAGAACAUUGAGUAUCUCUAGAACGGUGAAGGUGCAGACAAACAACGCUUUCCAUGUCUGUAGGAACUGUAUCCGGUGUACUUCGUGAGCCUUGAUGAUUCAACGCGAUAGACGACAGUCAGACACACACACACACACACCGAUGGCUUUGCGGUGUGUGAUGACGUCUUGGACGCAGGAGCCACCGACAUUCCAAGAAAUAUGGACUGUGUGGUGCGGACACAGAUCCAACACUUGGGUUGGUUCUCCCACCACUAACUCUCUGGCGGAUAGAGGUCGAGAAGGCAACCAUUGGGAUGCACCGGUUUGAGUGACUGAGCGUUUCUAGGUCGAACUUGGGGAGGGUUGUGGGUCACGGCUUGUGCACCGAAGUUGAAUUAUGAACGACCUAGAGAAACUACAAAGGUUCCGGGGCCCAGAAGGGUUUCGGAGGAAUUCCUGGAUUCCGGUGCAAGUUUUGGAUGAGUUUUCGCACCGACUUUUGCGGAUGCUGAUGCGGGUCAUGUUGUUACGUUGAUGUGCUGGCAAACCCCGAGGGCAGGUUCCGCAGUAAGUUCUUGCUUGUUGCAUCGCUGUCGCGCUUGCGCCUGUGUGGGCACACAUUUCGCCAGGUGAUGCCGAUGCUUGCAUGGUGCAUUAAAAGAACCGCGUGUUCAAAGCAACAUGCCCAGCUGUUGGGAGUUUUGUUUGGGUUUGUUUUCUGAUCAGCUCUUGUGAGUUUGCCAACACUUGCGACCUUUGUCGCACGAGGGUUUGCACCAGCGAUUCCCACUGAUUAUUCAAUUGGGUGCAUAUCACUCUUUGGAUGGUGUGGCUGUGGUUGUUUUGUGCAGAAGGUUUCAAUCCCACUGUUGGUGGAACACGAGUGUUCAUUCCAUUCAACAUUUGCUGAUGCAUGUACAAUACGCUUGGCAUACAGUAUAUGUGUUCCUUUUUGAAGUAUUAGAACCAUGAGCGGAAAAGGUCACUGUUACGGGGUGAGGGCCGUCCGAAGCUUCGCCAACCAUCCUGUUUUCAAGCUUUCCGCUUCAGCGUGUUGCGCAGCGCUGUGGUGGGCGCCAUGAAGGUGCGAUGUCCUGGGCGAACAUUGGCAGCUUCAGUGCUGCUGGGCUUGUGCCUUUGCAGGACGUUCGUGGCACCUCUCAGAAGUGCUCGAGGAGCAGGUUCACCACUAGCAGGUUUGAACCCAAGGCCGCGUUCUUCCCACCUGGCUAUGCGGGCCACUCAAGCUGAGGAGACAGCGGCCGGGGUGCGUGUGGGUCUCAUUCAUUGCGUAGACAUCAAAGAGGAAUGGAGCCAAGCAUUCGAAGCGUUGAAUGUCACCAAUGAGACGUACUUCCAGACACAGGUGCCUGAUUCGUUUCAGCUCCCGCUGGCAGCGAAGCUGCUGGCGAUGUCCAACACUGUGGACGUGAUCGUAGCUAUCCAUAGCAUUGAAGACAAGACCGAUCCGGAUUAUCCCGAGUUGUUGCGUGGAUUUCAGACUGUGGCGCUCACAGCGAACGUGCCGAUUGUCCACCAUUACUUUGACGGUAAGUCCACCCCGGAGGAGGUUGCAGAUCGCGCUGUGCAGAUGGGGGAGAUCCGCCAACAGGCCCUCCUGGGAGGUGGACCUCGCAAGAGCAUCUUCUUCGGGAUCGGUGCGAACAAGCCCGGGGCCCGGAUCUCGACCCCUUUGGACCGAUCGGGUGCUUCGGACCUGAGGACGGGCGAUCCCAAGAAAGGUGGCAAGAUCUACUUCUGAGCGCCACGUGGGCAGAUUGCGCUUGGCCUAACAAGCCGAAGAAGGGAGUUCAAGUCCACUAGCCGAACGCAAGGUAAAUUCCAUUUCUCGGCCCCUCAACAUCAAACUGUCG